AUGGACAUCGAUCAUAAUACUCCCAACCAUUACCGCUCAAUCUUCCCCGAUGACAAGAAAUUCCCCUUUUCGAAGGAGCGUAUCUCCAGGAUUUUACGAAAUCGCUCUCUUCUUGAUGGAAAAUUGUUCUUUGACAUCGUUCUCACUACCAUAGCCCACGUUGACGAUAUCAACCAAAUAUACCCCCCGAAGAAUGUCGCAGGUUUACGCCUGCUCGUUCACACUAUUGAGGAAAAGGAGGAGCUCGACCGUCUUAAAAAGUCGUCCUUUGUGUAUUACUUAUUAAAAGAUUUUGAUCGUGCGCACCCCAGAAAUGGGUUCGCGACUCAAUACGCAAACAAGGUGUUGAUCCCACCGAAUUUCUGUAGCUUGAUGGAUGGCCUCUAUGCAAUGGACAACUUUGAUUUCGAGGAUGCUGUAGGUCAUCUUACGGAACCUUCCGUCAUCCCAGUCGAACCUCACAAAGUCCUAUCUACUCUUGUGUCACAUGCAGGUCCCAACGGCCCUAGACUAGCAACUACAUUUGUACAAACUGUCCAGCCAGUCCUGGACACAGACGCUUCCAUCAAUGAUUAUUUUUGCGCGUUGAGGGCCAUUUCAAUCGAGUCAGCAUUUCUUUAUCAGCGGACUGUUCCCUCGCGAAUUCAGCCGGACUUGUUCAAGAGUUUGAUCGACUAUUGUCUUACAAUCAAAAAGGAAUCAAACGCCCUCAAGCUCAUAAACCUUCCUUUCACGCACGAGGAGCAAGAGAUAUUUGAAAGUUACAUUCAGGAUUCCAGCAUUCCCGCUGCACAUGAUACCCUGAUAACAAGGCAAAUGCACCAAGGUCAACUCACCGAGGCCCUGCUUGCCGCGAGAAGUGCUCACUAUCAAAACGAGCCGGAACUGGAGGGUGUUAAUUGGGCAGGAUUGGCUAGAGGAUUGUCCUUGGGGAUAGGUCCUAGGGAGGGGUAA